GAACCAAAGCACAUCAGGUAUUCAGCGCCGGCAAUGUCAAAUGGCAUUUCGGUGGGACUGUUUGUCAAGUGGCGGCUGCCUCGGGGGGAAAUUGGCCAUAGUAUGAGCGGCGAGGCCGUUAUAAGAACCUGCCGUCUCAUCUCGUCGCCCUCACAUACUACACCCCCACCAUCAUGACUAUCGCCUACCCUAUCCCCAAAUGGGACCGUCCUACUCCUACCACCUAUCCUCUCAACUAUGCCGACCUCACAGAACUUCCUCUCGAUCUUUUUGACUCGCCUUCUGGCCGCGAAGAGCUCGUCAGGCGAGUGAAGCACGCUUUGGAGGAAGACGAUUUGGGGUUCUGGUCGGUGACGAAUACUGGGUUCAGCGAGGAGGAGAUUGAGCAUCAGUUUGCUAUCGGGCAAGCUUUCUACAAUCUGCCUCUGGAGGAGAGGCAGUCAAACCCGAUCGAUGCGAAGAACGGAGGGUACUUGGGAUACAGAGCUGCUUACGAGCGCACUAUCAACGGUACCGACGUCCUCGACAACAUGGAGCUUCUCAACAUUCCCAAGUACACCAAACACUUUGCUUCUACUCCUCGACACGACAUUAUCAAAGCGCACGAAGCUGCCAUCAGCGAUUUUCACCGACGCUGCUGGACAGACGUAGCGAGAAAGUUGUUUGUGCUGUUUGCGCUCGCGAUGGAGCUUCCAGAGAACUAUUUUGUGGAUAGGCAUGCUUAUGACGAACCUUCGCAAGACCAUCUGCGUUAUAUGAUGUAUCACCCUCGCUCAGAAGAGGACGACGCCAAAUGCAAUAACCUCUGGUCAUGGGCUCACACCGACUAUGGAUCCCUCACGCUCCUGUUCUCGCAGACUGUUUCUGGAUUGCAAGUGAAGUUUGCCGAUGGAACCUAUCACGACAUCAAACCCAAGACUGGGUCAAUCGUUGUCAAUGUCGCUGACACUUUGAGCUUUAUGACCAAAGGCUACUUGAGAAGUACGAUCCAUCGAGUGACCCGACCUCCCCCUGACCAGGCGCACAUCCAGUAAGCUAUCAUUCUGUCCAUCCUUUAUCAAGGACUGAUCGGGUUCAGUCGAAUCGGGGUCCUCUACGGCUGCCGACCUAACGACUCUGUCCCCGUCGUCGUUGCACCCUCUCCCCUUCUGGAACGACUCGGCCUUAUCACAGACGCCGACAGGAUCGACGAAAAGGAUGCUGUCACAGCAGGCGAGUACGUCGCUGCCAGAGUCAAAGCCGUCCAUGCCAGUACGACUUAUGGUUAUGCGCCUGGGACCAAGUUCAAGCACGGCAACUUGGAGGUAUUGGAAAACUUUGCCGAUGUGAAGGACGGCGCGAGCACUUCUAUCUAGCCAAUACAUCAUAUCAAGCUCGUAGUCCCUUCUGGGCUUCUCGUUCUCUGGCUCGUAGACCUUCUGGGCUUUUCGUUCUCUGACUGUGAUGCACUUGUAUUACCUUGCACACUUCAGCAGGCUGUGGCCAAUGUUAUGCAUACAUAGUAGCAACUGAUCAAA